AUGGACCCCGACAGCAUAGACGAUCUCUUUGACCAGCUGCGGAGCACCGCAAGCAAUGACAAAGCAGCAUCUACACCCGGCAGUCCCCAGGAAGCCCCCCAACCCGCAUUCGAUGACAGUGAUGAAAUCAGCCUGCGGGACAGCACCGACGACAAAGUAGCACGCCAACAGCAGCAGUUCCGCACAAUAGAGCACAAACUCCGCACCCUUCCGAAACUGCAGUCGGAUUUCGACACCCUUCCUUCCUCAUCAACUCGCUCCCCUGUACCUAUUCCCCCUGCAACCCAACCAGCUCCUUCAUCCUCCUCCAAAUGGUUCGAAUUACCUAAACCCGUACACACCACCGAACUCAAGCGCGAUCUAGCCCUAAUUAGGCAUAGAGCUGCGCUGGAUCCUAAGCGUCACUACAAAAAAGAAAAGUGGCACAUCCCAGACCGCUUCAGCGUUGGAACAAUCGUUGAGGGCCCUACAGAGUUCUACAGCAGCAGGCUAUCCAAGAAGCAACGUAAGAGUACAAUACUCGAGAGCCUAAUGGUAGACGAAGACACGACUAAAUACUUCCGUCGCAAAUACGCAGAGGUUCAACAAACUAAACAAAGCAGCAGACACGGUAGAAAGGGUCAUUACAAAGCUCUUCGUAGUAAUAGGCGGGCCUAA